AUGCAACUAAUUACUGACGCUGAGGUUACAGUAGUAGCCAUCACUUCCAUUAUUGUACUUCUUUCUCAAUUUGCUUACUUUGUUGAGAUUGGGUACCCAACUUGGAGGGACCGAAAGCAGUCUCUCGUUGGGAACCACACCUACGCUACCCUCCGGGCUUUUCUCAGCACGUACAGAUACUCCUUCGCAUUUUGGGUGAUUUGUACUGCUUCCGAAAUUGCAUUGCUUAUUGGUGUUGGAAUUCUCAAGAACAGUAAUCAACCCCUUGCCUAUCAGUGCCUUCUCUAUUGCAAGGUAAUCAAAGAAACCUCUUGCAUAUUCCUUUUGAAUACAACGGUUCUCUUUCCCGCCAGGCAGUUAUGGACGAGAGGGGGAAACGUUUUACUUCAGCCUAGUACGAGAUGGCGUGGAGAGACCGGAGAGAUCAUCUACUACACAAGCGCAGUCUUGCAAGGCAUAGUCCUCCUUGUGGCCAUUAUCACCUCAGUGCUGUGGCUCACAAACUAUGAAGCGCGACCAUUGCUGUGCAUAUGGGCUAUUCCUUUGCCAGCGUACUUUGCCUAUGGUGUUCUAGCGACUUAUGCGACUCUACAGAUUGAUUCCGCAACUCGUUUUCCCAUUGAACGUCGCAUCUAUACUUUGACUGUGAUCAGUUGGACUGCAUUCGUGGUGCCAGCCGUGGUACUUGGCUUCGCCUUGAAGUAUCCCCUCUCAACAUUUCAUCUUGCAUUCUACAGCACCCAAUGCAGCUUCUGUGGGUUAUUGCUUGCCGAGAAAUGCUUAUGGAAGUGCUGGCGGCGCCGACAUCCAAGUGAAGAGCCUCGACGCUUAACGCCCGUAUCUCCUCGCGACUACAUGAGAAACCCGGCCCCAUCAGUCCUGGUGGGUAGACACACCUCUCACGAUUUCGGAUACAGCUCAACAACACUGGUCCUGACGGAAAGAGGUAACUCCUCAUCAACCUCACUGGGACACAUUGACCCAUUCGAGCUCGGCGCUCCGCAAAUACGGAAAGAGAUCAAGGCUGAACAUGCGAUAUUUUGUCAGCUCGAAGGGGAGAGCUCUUCCGAGCGCCUAUCGAAGAGCCUCAUAAGGUGUUGGAUAUUGGGUCUGGCUCUGGCGAAUGGGCGUUGUGAGUUCAGUCGCAAAUUCUUAAGCAUGCAUCGACUGGGAUUAACUUUAUCAAGGAAUUUGUUGGAAAAAUACCCAAGCACCGAGGUGGUGAUGAUGGAUAUAAAUCCAAUGCAGCCCCAUAUGGUACCACGUCGAUGCACGACUUACAUCGACGACGCUAAUCAUCCCUGGACAUUUCGGCCUGAGGAAUUUGAUUUGGUACACAUCCGAGGGCUUGCUGGAUGUAUUGAAGAUUGGCCAGCUCUUUUUCGGCAGGUAUUUGGAUCUCUGCGAGAAGGAGGCUAUGUGGAGUUCUGCGAUACCACUCUCCCUAAAAAAACCAGCGAGAACGAUGAAUGGCUUCAACCCGUGAAUUUGGAAAAACCAUGGGCCGCCCAUUUGGCAUUACGGAUCCGAAAAUUUGUCGACAGUACAUGGAACAAGCCGGCCUUGCGUUAUGCGAACCUAGGACCGUCAACGACUUCUAAGAAGGGGAUUGGCCAAGACGUCUUGAAUGCAACAAUAAAGAAGUUGCAAGGUGUCAACGAGUUCAGACUUUCAAAGUUGGGUUGGGCGGAAGAAGAAAUUAACAGACAAUCAGAAAAAAUGCAGAGGGAGCUGGAAGACCCUGACGUGUGGCCCUAUAUCGAAGUGGUAAGAGUAAUAGGUCAGAAGCCUGGGAAAGAAGAAUUACAGGAGGCUGAAGCCGACAGUCUGGGUGUUGGUAGCGUUCUAGACGGCAACGGGACACAUCACACGCGUGUUUAUGGUGGAGGAGUGUGUUCGACCUAUACUUCUGCAGGACGGGACCAUGGUGAAGGCAGAUAG